AUGGUCUGCUUUUGUUUUCUGGUGGACCAGACUAAGGAGAUGCAGCGGAGCAAGCCAGCGGCGGGAACAUGCUCACGGUGCGGCGGCUGUGCUAGUGUGGCGGAUAUGAAGACGGCUACAAGAUUCUGCUACGUUCCGUUUUAUACGAAAUCUUGGAGAGCUAUUGUUUGCACUUUUUGUGGAGCUGUUCUUCGUUCUUACCAUCAGUGA